CUGAGGUGGGGAAAAAGAACGAAGAUGGAGGCUGUUUUGACACUAGUAGAUGGGUCUGAGGAAAUCGAUCAACAAUGCAGAUCCUAAGUGGUAUAAAUUCCACCACGAUUCUGCAGAGAUCUUGCAGUUGAGCACAGAACAAUCUCCCGAAGCCCAACUCAGUCAAUACAGGAAAGAUGGUGUCGAGUGAAGAAACAUUGGCCUUAUUCCGGCAGACAAUCCGUGGGCAAACAGCCACACUCCCAGACCUAUACGCUUUGUUUCCCGAAUGGAAGGCUGAAAUUCAUCCUGACUAUGAGAGAGCCCGCGAUGAAGUUCUCAAUCCGUGGAUCGAACGAUGGGUGCCAAAUCGAGCUACGAGUCGCAAAUUUCGAAAGGCAGACUUUGGAGUCUUCGCUGCUAUCUUCUGUGUGCGUUCUUCGUUUGAGGUCCUAUGUACUGUGUCUAAAGCCUUCGCAUGGUAUUUUAUCUGGGAUGAUAUUUUCGACUGUGGCAUCCUCGCCAACGAUAAAGAUAAAGCCCAGGAAUACAGAGAACAAUUAGUACGGUACUUCCACGCCGUCCUCGGGGAGGAAGAAGACAUCCCCGAUCUGUCAUACUUCUCAGAGGAGCUUCAAUUUGCCUUGCUAUGCUGGAAUGAAGUCGCCGAUCACAUUCGACGCGUGUGCUCAAAAGCCACCCUAAAGGUCCUUCUGGACCAGAAGCUAUACUAUGUUGAAAGUGUCGAUACUGUGGACACGGUCUACUCGGAAAACCACGUUCCAUCACUGAAGCAAUAUCUGAGCCGGCGUGAAUGCACUGCCGGGGUGUAUCCGGUUAUAGCCACAAUCCCCUUCAUUUAUGGUAUCGACAUCUCACAACAACAGCUAGAUGGCGAGUCGAUGCAGUUGUUGUGGAAACAUACGUCGUAUUUGGUACACAUGAUCAACGACAUGUUUUCGUUGCGCAAAGAGAUUGCGGACGGGCAAAUCGAGAAUCUCAUUCCAUUAUUAAUGCUCAACGAAGGCGUUGACUGCAACACCGCCAUGAAGUUAGCUAUUAUGCUGGUCGAUGAGGCAGCACACGGUUUCCAUGAGACUGAGAAGCAUCUUCGAGCACAACAUGACUCUGCACCGCAUGAGGAAAUUACUGAAGCUUUCCUGGAGGGCUGUAAGAAUGUGGUGAUGGGGCUGAUAUAUUGGAGUUAUACGGGGCAACGGUAUUUCCACCACUCGGAAAUCGAAGCUGGAAACACGAUUACAUUCAGCUUAUGAGAAUUGAAGUGGCAAAGGCAAUCAUUGCUGUAACCGACGGCAUAUG